GUUACUUUAGAAAAGGAAGCAACAUGACCUCCUUUCUCUCUUCCUUACUAUUACCGGCACCACACUCCCCUGUCCGUCCAGCACAAUCCUUUGUUCCCUUCCUAAAAAUUUCUUCUGUUAGAACCAAUGGAAAACCUCAAACAUACAGAAAAACGGCUGGUGCAAGUGCAACCGCCAAAAUACUAAAUCAAUCUCCCCAGGCCCCAGAGUCCUCAUCUCUGCCUAACGUUGCUGGACCAUCAAGUGGAGCUAAGAGAAGGGGAGAACCCACUGUUCCUGCUGCGGUCUUUAGCGUAUUUGACAACAUCAUCAACAACUUCAUAGAUCCCCCCGUCCACCCUUCUGUUGAUCCCAGAUACGUUCUCUCCGGUAACUUUGCUCCCGUUGAUGAGCUUCCUCCAACUGAAUGUGAGGUGGUGGAGGGAUCCCUUCCACCUUGCUUGGACGGUGCAUACAUUAGAAAUGGCCCCAACCCACAGUACUUCCCUCGAGGACCUUACCAUCCCUUUGAUGGAGACGGUAUGCUUCACUCCAUUAAAAUUUCCCAAGGCCAAGCUACUCUCUGCAGCCGCUAUGUCAAGACUUAUAAGUACACCACUGAACGUGAUGCAGGUACUCCUCUCCAUCAUAAUGUGUUAUUCUCUGGCUACAAUGGCCUUACCGCCUCUGCAGCUCGUGUUGCUCUAAAUACUGCUAGAACCUUAGCCGGUCAAUUCGAUCUUGAAAACGGCUUUGGUCUUGCUAAUACUAGUUUGGCCUUCUUUGGCAACCGUCUCUAUGCACUUGCUGAGUCCGAUCUGCCUUAUUCUGUGCGCUUGACAUCAAAUGGAGACAUUGAGACAUUGGGUCGCCAUGAUUUCAAUGGAAAGCUCUUGAGGAACAUGACUGCUCACCCCAAGAUUGACCCUGAAACCAGUGAGGCCUUUGCUUUCCGUUAUGGUCCAAUACCUCCAUUUCUAACGUACUUUUACUUUGAUGCAAAUGGCAAUAAGCAGCCUGAUGUGCCGAUUUUCUCCACCAGUGGUCCAUGUUUCCCCCACGACUUUGCCAUCACCAAGAAUCAUGCCAUUUUCCCUGACAUCCAGCUUGGGAUAAACCCCAUGAAAAUGAUCUUCGGAGGGGGUUCUCCAGUUGGUGCAGAUCCAAUCAAAGUGCCUAAAGUCGGAAUCAUUCCUCGAUAUGCAAAAGAAGAAUCGAAACUGAGAUGGUUUGAUACGCCGGGAUUCAACCCGAUACAUAUCAUCAAUGCGUGGGAGGAGGAGGAUGGAAACACCAUAGUCAUGAUAGCACCAAAUAUGCUGCCUAUUGAGCACACCCUGGAGAGGAUGGACCUCGUCCAUUGCUUGGUGGAGAAGGUAACAAUUGAUCUGAAAACAGGGGUAGUAAAACGACGUCCCAUUUCAGUAAAAAAUCUGGACCUAGCAGUGAUAAAUCCUGCGUACACAGCAAAACAGAACAGGUACGUAUACGCAGCAAUAGGUGAUCCAAUGCCAAAAUUUUCAGGUGUGGUGAAGUUGGAUGUGUCCAAAGGCGAGAGCCAGGAAUGCACGGAGGGUGUCAGGAUGUACGCGCCAGGGUGCUACGGCGGAGAACCCUUCUUUGUGGCAAGGGAGCCGGGGAACCCAGACGCGGAGGAGGAUGAUGGAUAUGUGGUUUCCUAUGUUCAUGAUGAAAACACGAGAGAGUCGACGUUCUUGGUGAUGGAUGCAAAGUCACCGGAGCUUGAUAUUGUGGCCGCCGUGAAGCUGCCUCGCCGAGUACCUUAUGGCAUCCACGGUUUGUUUGUCAGGGAAACCGACCUCCAUAAGCUACAGUGUUAAUUUCGCGGUUCUCAAAAAGGAAUCCAUAAUUGUACGUUUAUUUUUGAAUAAUGAAAAAUGAGAAUAAAAUUUAAAUUUCAAA